GAAAAAACAAACUCCUCCCCUUGAAGCAUAGCGAGCUGUGGCGUACUUAAUAUUGCUGGAAACAUUUGUGUAAAACAUGUUUAGAGUCGACUCAUUCUCUCUGGUAGUUAUACAAGUUUAUCUGUCUAUGUGAAACAUAGUUUCACGUAAGUUACAUUUACGAGGGGCAGCAGAGGCAGCACACGUCUUGGGCUUCUAUUCAGUUUCAGAACCCAAUUGGCGUAUUUCUUGCUGUAAUGCAAAAAUUAAAAUAAACAAAUGAAGAUGCAAUGUUUUGAUCGGAUGCUGGACUUUUCCUAAUGGCGACACAACGCGCAGAAGAGGCUGCGAGCUGUUAGCUAGCUCGCUACCGAUAGAACUACUCAAUGCCAUCUGGCUACAUUGUUGUUAGCAUAUUAGCUGCCGCCUAAAAAGCGACGUUGAACACAUACCGUGUUCUCUCUCGAUCAAGCAAAGAUGACAUCGGCUUCUACUAAAGUUGGAGAAAUCUUCUCUGCAGCUGGUGCUGCUUUCACCAGACUUGGAGAGCUCACCAUGCAGCUUCACCCAAUGGCUGAGACCAACCCUACAAGUCAGACAAAGAAUCCAGUGAAGAGGAAGUAUGAAGAGAGCCAUCGAAGCUGCUCUACCAGCCCACAAAAGGCAGUGAAGAAAGCCAUCGUCCUCGCUGGUGCCACCAUGGCGACACCGGGCACUCCCGCCGCCACCGUAUCUGUGCCCACACCUCACGUUGUCACGGCGACGGUCCAGCAGGGCAGCCAGCCCACCACAAAGAAGCGGAAAACUGCAGACGUGACCCUCAGUGCCCUGAACGACUCGGACGUCAACAGCGAUCUCGUGGACAUUGAGGGCAUGGGCGAAGCAUGCAACUCCAAAAAGAUUAACUUUGAUCAAGAUACCUUGAACUUGGACCCCAGUCUCAUCAUGAACUCCAGCGACCUUCCUUUACUGUCCCGCUGAUCUCGACCCCCCUCCCUCCUACUGAAAACAAGUCAUCAUCAAGCAAGCAAAGACAAUCGCAAGAACGUGGCAGCAUUUAUUUAUUUUUGUCUUGCUUUGUGACAUUAUUCUCUUUCCUUUAUUAAGUCCUAAGAGAAAAAGCAAUUCCAGGUGAGCUAGUUUGUUGUAAUUAUCAAAUAGCAGCAACUUAGUUAAAAUUCUAAAGGCAUUUUUAGAGAUGUUCAUGUGAGGACACAUUUUUGCAUGAAAUUUCUACAGGGUGUGUAGUUACAGAAAUUGUACAAGAUUCCGGUGUUACACUUUUGUGCAGGGGUGUCCAAACCUUUCCAACUAAACUCCAAAAUGCAAGAAUCUGGGGGCCACUUUGAUACAUGAAAGAUGCCAAUCCAAUGUAGGUCAAUAUACAGUGGUGUGAAAAAGUGUUUACCCCUGAUUUUUAGUUGGGGUUUUUUGCACGUUUGUUACACUUAAAUGUUUGAGCUCAUCAAAUAAAUUUAAAUAUUAGUCAAUGACAACACAACUGAACACAAAAUGCAGUUGUUAAAGUAAACUUUAUUAAGGGAGGGAAAAAAAAUCCAAACUACAUGGCCUUGUGUGGAAAAAGUGAUUGCCCCCUAAAACCUAAUAACUGGUUGGGCCACCCUUAGCAGCAACAACUGCAAUCAAGUGUUUGCAAUAACUUGUAAUGAGUCUCUUACAGCGCUGUGGAGGAAUUUUUGCCCACUCAUCUUUGUAGAAUUGUUGUAAUUCAGCCACAUUGGAGGGUUUUCCAGCAUGAAGCGCCUUUUUAAGGUCAUGCCACAUCAUCUCAAUAGGAUUCAGGUCAGGACUUUGACUGGGCCACUCCAAAGUCUUCAUUUUGUUUUUCUUCAGCCAUUCAGGGGUGGACUUGCUGGUGUGUUUUGGAUCAUUGUCCUGCUGCAGAACCCAAGUUGGUUAGAGCCUGAGGUCACAAACUGAUGGCCAGACAUUCUCCUUCAGGAUUUUUAGGUCAACAGCAGAAUUCAUGGUUUAAUUUAUCACAGCAAGUCUUCCAAGUCCUGAAGCAGCAAAACAUCCCCAGACCGUCACACUACCACCACCAUAUUUUACUGUUGGUAUCGUGUUCUUUUUCUGAAAUGUAGCGUUACUUUUACGCCAAAUGUAAUGGGACACACACCUUCCAAAAAGUUGAACAUUUGUCUCGUCAGACCAGAGUAUUUCCCCAAAGGUCUUGGGGAUCAUCAAGAUGUUUUCUGGCAAAAUUGAAAUGAGCCUUAAUGUUCUAUUUGUUCCAUAGUGGUUUUGGUCUUGGAACUCUGCCAUGCAGGCCGUUUUUUGACCAGUGUCUUUCUUAUGGUGGAGUCAUGAACACUGACCUUAACUGAGGCCUGCAGUUCUUUGAAUAUUGUUGUGGGGUCUUUUUUGACCUCUUGGAUGAACUGUCGCUGCUCUCUUGGGGUAAUUUUGGUUGGCUGGCCACUCCUAGGGAGGGUCAUCACUGUUUUUGCCAUCUGUGGAUAAUGGCUCUCACUGUGGUUCGCUGGAGUCCCAAAGCUUUAGAAAUGCCUUUAUAACCUUUUCCAGACUGAUGGAUCUGAAUCUCAAUUAUGUUUUAACGGGGGGGGGAUCACUUUUUCCACACAGGGCCAUGUAGGUUUCGAUUAUUUUUCUCCCUUAAUAAUAGUUUAAAAAUCCAUCCAUCCAUCUUUUAUGCCGCUUAUGCUCAAUAGGGUCGCGGGUAUGCUGGAGACUAUCCCAGCUGACUUCAGGCGAGAGGCGGGGUACACCCUGGACUGGGCGUCAAUCGCAGGUUACAUUAGUUUAAAAAUCGCUUCAUUUAAAAACUGUUUUGUCAAAAACUGCAUUUUGUGUUCAGCUGUGUUGUCAUUGGCUAAUAUUUAAAUUUGUUUGAUAAUCUGAAACAUUUAAAAGUGACAAACAUGCAAAAAAAAAAAAAAAAUCAGGAGGGGGGCAAACACUUUCACACCACUGUAUACUACACUAUCUGAAGAAAACGUCCACAUCUUAGAUUUGUGUUAUAGGUGACAAAGCACACGAGUGUAAUAUCUAAUUAUAUAUCUCAUUAAUGAAUUCAUUUUUACAAUAUGCAGAAUAAAUAAGCUGCGGGACAAAAAUGGCCUCACUUUGGACACCCCUGCUGUGGUGUAAUAAAGUCACAUGUCAUAAAAUGUCAUAAAACUGUUUUUUCUACAUGGUGCACUUUGACAUUAGAGUUUUCACAUUUUCUGAAUAAAUAUUGUUGAGAGAAGCUUGCUGUGGUCAAAUUAGUAUAAGGAAAUUGUCCACUUGUGCACACAUGCCCACACUAUCCGGUUUAGUCCAAAUUUUACAUUUAAACAUGUCAACCGUUUCAACCACAAUGGGGUUGUUGAAAAUUAAUAAAAAUGAGUGAGAAAUUUCAGUUUUGUAAUAUUUUAAUAUAUUUCAAUGAACUAGUGAUGAUAGAUUUUAUUUUUUUUAAUAGGUAGUUUGGGGUGUGUUUGAGGUGUGUGUGUGUGUGUGUGUGUGUGUGCCUGACAGGAGCAGCACACAACAUACUGGCAAUGCACAAACAAAAUACCAGUAAUGAUGUGCUGCUAUAGCCGGACACACAAACAUUACGUUGACUUCAUCCUGCAUGUUGUCGAAAAUAGAUAUAGAAUCAUGCUUUAAAAAAAAAAAAAAAAGUCAUUUCAGUGCUUCAGGCUGGCAUCAGAGGAUCACUGUUACAUGAGUCACAAAAAAUAUUUAAAAGUGAAUUUUCUAGUGUGCAGACUUUUAGUAUUUAAAUAAAAUACAAGUUUUAAAAUUUUAAAAAUGGGACUGAGAAAGGAUUCCAUCACACACACACACACACACACACACACUCCAUACACACAAAGACACAAUGUAACUUCAACACUGUUAAACAUUGUUAGAUAAGGACAAAGUAUUUAAAAUAUAUAUAUAUUUAUACACACACACACACACACACACAUUUCUUUGAGGUCAAGCACCUUUAAGCAGUAAACUACGUUUAUAUGAAAUACAUAAUCAUUAUUUUAACUAUGAGGCUUUGCAACUCGAGUUUCCAAACAUUUUCCACUGCAUAUUGAAAAAUGUACAGAUGUGCAGGGGGCCGAUAUGCCAUUCUUAACGUGUUAAUACAUGAAACACACUAAAAUCACUCUAAUGUGGGUCAAGUUAUGCUAAUCUAUUAAAUACAUGCAAAGAAAAAAAAAUGCUUUGUGGUCUAGUUGACAAAGGAGCCUCUUGAAAUGUAGUUUAUUGUUGUUUUUAUAUUCUCUACUGUUAUCUCUGCAACUAAGUCACCUUUUUAAGAACUAACAUAACUUAAAGCUUGCCGGCAUGUGUAUUCUGGUGAAAACUGUUCACAAAUCAACAACCACCAAACAGUAAGACAUGCAGGUAGUUGCAGGUGCCAUUUUGGGGGGAUUUGGGCCAUUUCCGUUUUUUAUCUGUACAGUGUCAUGGGCCAAUACAUUUUUUUUUUUUUUAAACAAGCUCGGGGCCAAACAUGGCCUGCAGUCUGCACUUUGGGCACCCCUGCAUUAAAAUAUGUGAUAUUGGUGCUACAAAUAAAUAUUUCUAUCAUAGGUGUACAGGGUUUCAAGAACCUUACCUAAAAUGACACCCCAAAUGUCAUGUUACCUGUAGAAACCCUGUUUAAAAAAAAAAAGACAUAAAAACAAGACCAUCAUUAACACUUGAAGAAAAAAAUAAUAAAACGUUUACAGAUUAUAUUCUAGAAGAUCAAGUAAAUCUUUAAAGAUCUGAUCUCUCUCACACUCACACACAGUGAGGACGGGGGAGGGGGUCAGAGGUCAGCGGUGCGGUCGUCAGGGCGCACUGUGACAGCACAUCAUGAUUUGGAGUGACACGUGUGCAAAACAUGAUGUGCUGCUAGGGCGCACCCCACAUCACUUAGUGACCAUCAUCAUCAUCAUCCAGCACACAACACACACUCUUGUUCUUCACUUAAACUACACAUCAACGCUGUUUUUAUUUCAUACACCAAAAUUAACUUCUUUAUUUUAUUUUUUUCAGCCAGUCAGUAAUAAAUUUGAAAUCCUCUAAUACAUUUUAAAUAUAUCUUUGUUGGAUUGAUAUUCCCAUAAUCUAUUUUUCCUGAUAUGUGCGCAUCUUUAUUAGGAAAUGUGAAUUGAUUCAUGUGAAAAAUCCUGCUUCACACACUCCUCCUAACAUAUGAGGGCUAUAUAUAUAUUAAAAAAAACUAUCAUUUCAAAUGACAUUAAAACACAAGAACCUUAAAAUAAAAAGUCAAACAGUGCAGAAAGGACCGGAAGACAGGAGGAGGACCCAAAAACACACAGCCUUGAGGAAGUAACCACACACAAUGCAUGAAAAACAACCAGUAUCUGAAUUUGUUUGUAUUGAUUUGCAGAAAAACUGCACCUUGAUAUUUGUCUACUUGUUAACAAGACAGAUCAACUUAAUAGAAUUUUACAGAAAUGUUGCAGCAUAUUUCCCUGGUGAUAGUAGUAGUAGUAGUAGUAGUAGUAGUAGUAGUAGUGUAGAGCACAGACACUGAUGCUCCAGGAAAUAACUUCAUUAAAACAGCAUACUAAAUAUAUGUAUAUAUUUUAAAAUAGGGAAAAACAAAAUUUUUAUAUAACAAAACAAAAUGUACAGUGCUGAUUUUGAAGUGCACAUGAAUCCAAAUAUACAGUUGUAUGGGUAUCUACUGUAUGUUUCCCCCUGUGUGUGUGUGUGUGUGUGUGUGAGUGUAUAUGCCCUUAAAAAAAUAAAAUCAUCAAAAA